AAAAAGAUAAAAAAAAAAAACGAAAUCCUAAAAGUAAUGGAUCAUUCAAGUAAGAGCAAAGUUCGUAAAAGAUUGUGAAAGAAAAUGACAAAAACAGGGCUUAUAUUACGCCUUAAACUCCUAUGUUAUCGAGUAUUUAACAAACUUCCUCUUUUUCCCUUAAUCAAAUCUUAAUCUCCUAAUUAUCAAAUUAAAAACAUAAUUAUUAAUUAUAAAUCAAAAUUUCAAUUUCUCUUUUUCAAAAUUCCUCAAACUUCCCCCACCUCCACCUCUCUUCUCCUUCUCCCUCUCUCCCACGUUUACCCAGAAUCUCCCUUCCUUCUCUUUCUCUCUCUAAAGCCUCUCCACUUUCUCUCUCUAAAACUCUCCUUGUAUUUUAUACUCUAACCGUUAACCCCUCAAAAAUCGGCAUUAAACGCAAACACAGCUCAAAGCGUCGAAAACACCGAAACAAAAAAAACCAACACCAAUACCAGCUUCUUUCAAUCAACCGACAAUUUUCGAUUCUUUCAAAAAAAUUUAAUUAGAAACCCAAUAAGAUUACAUUAAUUUAUCCGAAAAAACAUAAACCCAGUUUAUAGUUUUUGUUAGUUGUUGUCCUGUUUGAUCAUAGGAUGUGUUUGGUUGGAAAAUACUCCCUCUAAUUUCCCCAGUUUUUUUUUUUCUUUUUUAAAACAUUUUCUAGAGAGAGAAAGUAAAUUAUAGAGAGAGAAAGGAAAGAGAAUGACGCAAAAACGAAGAUUAUUAACGUUAGCAGUUCUUCGAAAGUUUCUAACAUGCUCCAUUUGUACAAUUGGAUUAUUGGCCCUCUUCUCUGUUCAUGUCCCCCGUAUUCCUAAGCUUCCUGAUCCCUACAAACUUCCCACGCCACAUGAAACUAAUUUUCCGAAAUUAAAGGCUGAGCAAGAGCUUGUGCUUGAAAAUGCACCUCCAAAUAUAGCUAAACCCUCACUUUCUUCACAGAAGUUCAUUGGUGCCAGUGGGUUAUUGGACUACGACAAAUUAUGGAAGAAGCCUCCUAAUCGCGAUUUUAUACACUGUGUUGAGCCUAGCAAUGUGUAUACACCUCCUGCAGAGUCACAGAAUUACCUGCUUGUUCAUACUAAUGGUGGUCUUAAUCAGAUGCGAGCCGGGAUAUGUGAUAUGGUGGCUGUGGCCCGGAUCAUUAAUGCGACUCUUGUAAUCCCGGAACUUGAUAAGAGGUCAUUUUGGCAAGACUCUAGCAACUUUGCAGAUAUUUUUGAUCAAGAUUAUUUCAUUAAAGCUCUGGUUAAUGAUAUUAAAGUAGUUCAAAAUCUACCUAAGGAACUUAUGACUGCUCCUAGAGCAGUGAAGCAUUUUCGAAGUUGGUCUGGAUUAGACUACUACCGGAAUGACAUAGCAAGCAUGUGGAACAACUUUCAGGUGAUCCGAGCUGCCAAAUCUGACUCUCGCUUAGCAAAUAAUAAUCUCCCCCUUGACAUUCAGAAGUUACGCUGUCGUGCCUGUUAUGAAGCACUCCGCUUUUCCCCAAAGAUUGAAGCAAUGGGAAAAUUACUGGUGGAGAGAAUGAGGAAUUAUGGCCGUUAUAUUGCUCUGCACUUACGGUAUGAAAAAGACAUGCUUGCAUUUAGUGGAUGCUCCCAUGGAUUAUCUCAUGAGGAAACUGAUGAGCUCACCACGAUUAGGCAUAAUACAACACAUUGGAAAGUGAAGGAUAUUAAUGCGACAGAACAAAGGAUUAAAGGGUUUUGUCCCUUGACUCCAAAGGAGGUUGGCUUAUUUUUGUCUGGUCUUGGAUUUCCAUCUGACACUCCCAUAUAUGUUGCUGCCGGAGAGAUAUAUGGUGGUGAAUCUCGGAUAGCUGAAUUACGAUCUCGUUAUCCCAUUUUGAUGAACAAGGAGAAACUAGCAUCUGUAGAAGAACUGGAGCCUUUUAUGAAUCAUGCAUCUCAAAUGGCUGCACUGGAUUAUAUUGUUUCUGUUGAAAGCGAUGUGUUCAUUCCUACAUACUCGGGUAAUAUGGCAAGGGCUGUUGAAGGUCAUCGCCGAUACUUGGGUCAUAGAAAAACAAUUAUUCCUGACCGGAAAUCUCUUGUUCGUUUGUUUGACAAAGUUGAGCAAGGAUCUUUGAAAGAAGGGAAGAACUUAUCAUAUCGAAUAAUUGAAAUCCACCGAAGAAGGCAAGGGUCGCCGAGAAGAAGAAAAGGUCCAAUUUCAGGAACAAAGGGCAUGGACAGAUUUCGCUCUGAAGAAGCAUUUUAUGAAAAUCCUCUACCAGAAUGUUUGUGUCAGAGUCAAGGAGCAUCCUUACAUACAAAUACUUCUGCUGUCAAAUAGUGACCUGCAGAACUGAUCUCAGAGCUAUACACACAGACACAUUUGCUUUAAACUGCACAACUCACUGUAGUUGCAAUAUCUGACGACAGCAAUCUGAUUCUGACUGCAGUUCCAAGUGCAAAUUCAUAUGAAGCUUGGUAUAAAUAUGACGUGAACAUUCUCUGUUCAUUUUUUCUGAGAUGACAAGGCUAAGCGAAAGGAGAAACGGGUGCAUUGUUAGGAUAUUACGGCCUCCAGUUUUAUUAGGGAGGCAAAAUGUGUACAUUUACUUCACCAAGGUAAAAUUAAAGGAGGAAACAAAGUUUUACUUAUUUCGAAAGGGGGGAAAUCCCCCCAAUAGGGAUACUUAGCUGCAUCUGUGCAGUUUUUCAUGGGUAGGACAUAUGCAGGAAUUUACAUGUAUAGUUUCUUAUUACAUUAAUUAUUCAUAUUUACAUCAAAUGAAAUAAAAGUUUAUACUUUCUUAUCUUGUACUUCGUAGUUCGUAUAUCGAAUAUUUAGGCAGUAAGUUUGUACAAAUGUAUGUAAUACUCAACAUU